GCUAGUGUCUUACAUGCCGCUAGCAAGGCGGCUUCAACUUUUGCGCACGCGUCUGUUCCUGGCCGUUCGCGCUGCAUUUGUCUCGAACCAAGUGCUUUUUGCAUUUGCUGGCAUUUUUUUGCGGGCGCACGACAGCGUGCUGCAGCUGCCUGAUAGUUCAUGCACCAAGACUUGGUGCUGCCUGCAUUUGCCGGCGAUUUGGGCGCACGACAGCGUAGAGCUGCCUGAUAGGAGCAGCAAUGCGAUGAUCCGCAAGACACUCCUCGUGGCCUGCUUCGCGUCCGCGACGGGCAGCGGCUGGGUCAGACGCGCCCACAAGCGCAAGCAGCGGAACGCGACGCGGCCGCAGCUCCAGCCCGUGACGUCCGAGGACGUGUCGCGCUACUUUGCGCGAAACGACCUCGACGGCCUGUGCGCCGCGCUGCGCGACCACUUCUCGCGGACGGCGCGGCAGCCCGGGCCGCUCGACGGGAAGCUGCCGCUGCGCGACGCGCUCGUCGCCAAGGGCGCCGGGGCGCACUACUCGUCGGCCUACAAGCUCCAGCACGACGUCGAGCAGCUGCAGUACGUCGCAGCGCGCAACGCCUCAAUAGCCGCCUAUCUGAACGAACAUGCCGUUAUAGAACGGUUCCAGCGCGUGCGGCGCCGCAUUCCUCCUUUGGACCAACUACAAAGGACCAAUGGUCUCUGGGCGUUCCGGCCCGAGGACACGGCGGACAUCGGCGACUUUUACAACCGGGCCAUCCACGUGCCCGACCCGCAGCCAGUGACCCCCAUGCUCAACGCGAAAUCCUUCGCGGACGCCGACGCGCGGUACCGGGCGGGCCCCUUCGCAAUCGACGAUGCGUUGACGCCCGCCGCACUGGACCAGAUCCGCUCGCUAUUGUUGGAAUCGACGGUCUUCUUCGAAACCAAGAUGCCGGCCGUGUUCGGCGGGUACGUCGGCGCCAUCGUCGAGGACGGCUUGCACGCGCGCGCGCUGCUGGAGCUCGCCGACGCGCUGCGACGGGCCAUGCCCGAGACGCUGGGCGACCACCCGCUGGCCUACCUCUGGUGCUACAAGUACGAUUCGCAGUACGAGGGCAUUAGCGUGCACGCCGACGAGGCCGCCGUGAACCUGAACAUCUGGCUGACGCCGGACGACGCCAACCUGGACCCGGCGAGCGGCGGCCUCGUGGUCUACACGGCGAAGCCGCCCGCGACCGCGACGGCCGAGGAGUACAACCAGCGCGGCGCCGAGUUCGCGGACGAGCUGCUGCGGUCGACGGACUACGAGAACGUCACGAUCCCCUACCGCCAGAACCGGAUCGUCGUCUUCGACAGCGCGCUGUACCACAAGACGGACUCGUUCCGGUUCCGGGAGGGCUACGAGAACCGACGGAUCAACCUCACGCUGCUCUUCGGGAAGAUGCGGCGCGGGCACGAUGCGCCGGCGGCGGGGGAGUUGUAAGCUUUCUCUGUCCG